AUGUCGGAUUCAGUAGAUCGCGUCUUCGUCCAUGCCUUGAACACCGUGAAAAGGAUCCCGCGGACGGGGACGGCGCGACCCCCGGCUGCGGAGCGCUUGAAACUUUAUGGAUUGUAUAAGCAGAGCAUGGAGGGCGAUGUGGAAGGCGUUAUGGGUCGCCCCGUGGGGAAUACCCCGGAGGUGCAUGCGGAGUGCGAAAAGUGGUAUGUCAAGCUGUCCCAUACCAACACGCUCUGGAUCACUCGCUUGUGUCUCGAGCACAGUCGCGCUUCUUUGAUUUGUUCAGCGCUUAUGUCGUCCUUUUUCUUCCUCGUCAUCAGGGAUGCUUGGUACGCCCAGCGCGGACUCAGCCGUACAGAAGCCAAACGUCGCUAUAUCGGUACACUCAUCGACACAAUGCAUCGCUAUGCCUCUCAAACUUCAGAGGCCCGUGAACUAGUAUCUGAGCUGGAGUUUGUCUGGGAUCAAAUAAAAUACAACGCAUCCUCAUCCUCAUCAUCCUCUCCACUGAAUGCGGUGGGCGUCCCGCCGUUGUCACAUCACCAGAGCAGUGCCUACGGCAGUAUAGGCGGGCGUCUUGCUCAGUCGUCGCCGUCAGAUCGAUUUGAGAGACCCGACCUGCGGGCGGAUGACACCCACGAUUCAAGGCUGCGCGUCCUCAGUCCAGUCAGUCAACCGGAGGAAGAAGAAUACUACCGUAGACGGCGGUCCACCGAUGCUUUUGGACAGGACGAGGACGCGGAUGAUGACGAAGAUGAAGAUGAAGAAUAUGAAGAAGCUCGCGACAGUCUAUACGAACCACCAGACCACCAUUCCUCCAUUACCACCACCAGUACCACCCAUACCAACGCAGAAGACCACGAAAGUCACCCACCCUCUCGCUCCAACGACCACAGCAGGCCAAAAUUCGCCUCCGGCGCCAGCGACGGCACAAGUCUUCACUCCCCAGACUCUCACGACCUCUCACAUCCCCGAAAUCGCCGCUGGCGUCGUCGAGUCGAGCAAGCUCUCACCAAAAUGACCGCCGAGAUCGCCGCCGUCCGGGAACAGAUGGAGGCCCGCACGUUGGUCCAUCGUCGUCGGGCUGGUCUCUGGGCCUGGGUCAAGUGGAUGCUUUGGGCAGUCGUGCGCCAGAUCAUCUGGGAUGUGGCGCUCCUCGGAGGCCUCUUGAUCUGGAUGCGGAUCCAGGGCGAUCGAAGGCUUGAACAGCGGUUACGUGAGGGAUGGUCUGCUGUGCGGGCGAAAGUAGGUAGGAUCCGGCUCUUGCGACGUAUGCCGACUGUGCCCUAG